GGCCGGCGCCGGCAUCGCGGAGGGCGAGCGGGCGAUGAGGCGGCAGGCCAGGAAGGCAGCAAAUGCAGCAGCUCCUGACAAGGAAUUACAUCACUAGUAGAAUGACCAGAAUGGCUGCGCAGAUAACCUGAGAAAUGGAAAUGAGUCAAGAAACUUUUUGCCUGGAAGUGCUGUUGAAAUCCCUUGCAUACGUCCUCAAACACAUAGCUUUUGAAGUUUCCUGGAGCACCACAGCCCCAACCUGCGCAGGAUGGACCCUGUUGUUCUCAGUUACAUGGACAGUCUGCUGAGGCAGUCGGAUGUUACUUUGCUGGAGCCCCCAAACUGGCUUAACGACCACAUCAUCGGCUUCGCUUUCGAGUACUUCGCCAACGAGCAGUUCCAAGAAUUUAGUGAUCAGGUUUGUUUUAUCAGCCCUGAGGUGGCUCAGUUCAUUAAGUGUGCCCUUAGUCAGGAAGAGAUAGCCAUAUUCCUUCAACCGCUGGACCUUCUCCACAAGAAGCUGGUGUUCUUGCCUAUCAAUGAUAACUCCAACCAGGUUGCUGGGGGCACCCACUGGAGCUUACUGGUUUAUUUCAGGGACAAAAAGUGCUUCGCCCAUUAUGAUUCCCACAGUAAAUGCAACUCCAUCCAUGCCAAGCAAGUGGCAGGGAAGCUGGAGGCUUUCUGGGGCAAACGAGGGGACAAAGCAACCUUCGUGGAGGAGAAGGCACCUGCCCAGCAGAACAGCUACGACUGUGGGAUGUAUGUGAUCUGCAACACAGAGGCUCUGUGUCAGGGAUAUUUCAGGAGCCGGCCAGAGCCUUUGCUGCAGCUCCUCACCCCCUCCUACAUCACACAAAAGAGAGCGGAGUGGAAGGCUCUCAUCACGCAACUGGCACAGAAGUGAUCAAGAUGCAGCUUCAGCCCCUCCCUGCCCCCCCCCAAAAAAAUUGACUGCCUUCCCCAUCCAUGAGGCAACACCCCCACUGCCUGAGGGAGAUGCCCAUGCACAGGAUUGUCCCAAAGAAGGAAGAAUGUAACCCGUCUAGCAUGGCUAUGGCCCCCAAAUGCCCUGUUCCCUCCUGGGAAAGCUUUAGCCCUUCUGGAAAUCACUGGCCUUUGGACUCCUCACCAGCAAAGGUACUUUGCUUUCAAAUAAAUCCUCUCAAUGGGGAAUUCUUACACCAAUUGGUGAGGCAAAAUGGGUUGCUAAAUAGACUCCUCUGCCAGUCCUCUGCCAAUAUCCUUUAAAACCAAGCCCCAAACUGUUUUCUUAUGGCUCUUUCUUGUUUGUUCCUCCCCCUACUAGAGGCACUGGAGGAGGAGUCUAGGCUUUAGCAGAAAAAAUUUCCACUUCUGAAAACCUGACACUGAAAAGUCAAUGUCAAAAGAUGAAAUGCUACAAUUAAUUAAAGAAUGGAGCAAAAAACCCAAAAAUCCUCCUCAGAUAGGUGCUCCGAGGCUGUACAGGGAUAGCUUUUUCUUUAUGUCCCCCCACCCUUGCUUGCCCUUGUUACAAAUUAAAACAUGACUUUGAACUGCUGGAAGACUAAUAGGAAGCUGAGAAACCCGGGAAAAGGAAACUUCAUUGAGAUGAAAAGCGAUGCUCACUCUUUGAAGUUUCCUUGUUUUUUUGGCUACAGUUUUAGGUCAUCUCCAUUGGGGCAGGUUCAUCUGUGCUCCCCAGCCCUCGUUAGUGUUCGCUGCACUGGGGGUGUACUAGGUGGUCACCUCUUCCUCUAGAACAAAACCAGGUCUGUUACUUGAGAUUAAAAACAACACACCAGGGAGAACAGAAGAACAGAGCUUGAGGUAUAAAAGCCAAAGAUAACUGUGGAUUCCUUGAAGCCCAAGAAGUCCUUAAUAUACUUGUUAUCAAAAUACUAAAUAAACCCUGAAAAAAGGGGGAAGGAUUAACCCAGAGCUCUUUACCCCUCAUUGCCAGGCCAGCACAGUUCCAACACAGCACUGAGGUGAUGAGCUGUAGGAAGAGCUUAAACUUCCCUCGUGGCCAAAAGCAAAGUAGCCCCAGCUUGUCUAAAAGGCCGAAGCAAACACAGAGAGGUAGCCAUGGGGUGAGACAACAGUCGAUGUAUUUCGUGUCCUUCCUGGGCUGCCCAGAAAAUCCCUUUCACCCCUCCGCUGGAGCCAAAACCCAGGAGAUGGCCAAAACAGGCUUGAGCUGCUGGCCAAAGGGGACUCCAUGGGGCUUUGCCAGAGGAACGUCACUGCCGCUCCCCGUCCAGAAUAAAACUUGAACUUAA